UGGACAGAAAUUCAGGUGCUUUUGAAACAAAAACAAAACAUUACUUCUGGCCUGUUAGUGAUAGACUAAUUUGCAGAACACGAAACUGGCUCCAAAUACUCAUCGCUGCCGUAACUUCAGAAUGUAUGCGCUUGUACACUCGUCCAUGAUUCUAACCCCAACUGCGAAUCCCUGUCGACGCGUAAAAUCCAAGGUUAGGAAUUCGAAUGGUACUAUCAAUCGUUGCAGGUCGUAGAGGGAGGGGCAGAAGAGGCGCUGGACCGGCGGGAGUCCCAUUUGGGAUGUCGGAAUUAUCGGCUUUGAAUUUCGCCACUCAUGCUCUCUCGCAUACGACAUUUUCUCACUGGCUUCACCUCGACUGAGAAAUUGAAGGCUGUCCAACCCCAGGUUCUCCUACACCCUGCUAAAGAAGGCGACAUCCUCCGCCAACGAUAUCCUCUUAUCCGCAGGCUCGGAGAACGCUUUGGAAGACGCUCAACAAUUUGGCUUUCUAAAGACUCGGAAACUGGAAAUGACGUGGUAAUAAAAAUUACUGGUGCAGACUCGACGGAUGCGGGCAGGUAUUCGCAGCUCGAGGCACUCUUCCUUGAAAAAGUUCGCCAUAAGAGCGCUACCAUUGAGCAAUCACAUGUUAUCCAAAUGCUUGAACAUUUUCCAAUCUCCAGCAUCUACAGAACUCACGGAAGUUUAGUUCUCGAGCGUCUUGGUCCAUCUGUCGCACAAGUAAUGAAUUGGGCUCACCCGAACAAGCUUCCCGGACGAAUCUGCAGGCAGAUUAUUAAACAAGUAUUAGUCGGUUUAGAACUCCUUCGUCGUGAAUAUGGAAUAGUUCAUACAGAUUUGAAACUAAAUAAUCUUCUCCUGCGUCUGGCAGAGACGCAAGGGAUACCCGACCCGGGAAAUGUUGAACAUUCGACGGAAGUUGAUUUUUCUCGAGUAUCUUUGGGCACAGCAGUCACUGAAGUCUCGGUAUAUACCAACUCUCCAAUGAACAUAAUAAGACAAUCUUCACCCUCCUUGGUACCCUCUCGAACCGUCAGUCCCGCAAGACACACAUGCAUUUAG